AUGACCCUUGCGAUUUCGUUUGCGCCCUCGACUGCUUUCUUGUUGGCCAGUUGGAGCUUCUUGGCGAUGAAAGAAUCCCAGGAUAUACGCCUGUACGAGGUUAGCACACUGGAAACCGAUCACAAUGCUCUUAUCAACACACCUGGACAUCCCAAGCGUGCCGCCAGUACUUUCGUAGAACCAGUCGCUAGACCACUGCAGAUCGUGGCCGGGCAACGAUCGACCUUCCGUCAUCUCUGUGAGAAGGCAGGCAUUGUGGUCAUUGUCAGUGCUCGCUUUCCCACUAUUUUUAACUGGGCGAUGAUUGAUCGUCUGCAAUCGGAGCGCCGUCCGCGGGAACGCGAGUUCAUGGACAAUGCCUUUCCAGCUGGCCAGGUCAAGCUCAGCGGAGACUUCCACAUCGUCGAGGACAAGCAAGGGGAGCACAUAACCUUCUCUGCAGACCAGAAAGGUAGGCUGGUUCUGAUCCUGAAGGGUCAAAGUGGUCACAACGAGUGGAUCAACCUCGAUGAGAAGCUUCAUCUCGCUCCGGAACAGACUGUCAGUACACUUGCAGUCUCGCAAAAUCGGGAUGGAAAGAUCCAUCUGGUGUUUGCCGCUCGCCAGUCUGGGGGCUUGGACAAGUUAUUCGUGUUAAGGCCAAGGGCAGCGAGGCGUUCUGAAUGGUCUGGGAACUCCGAUCCUGUGCAGGCAGACUUGUAUAGCGGAGAGCAGUGGGAAAUCAUUGUCCGCCAAAUUCCCCUUGGUAGCAGCAACGACUCUUCCAGCGACGCCACACAAUACCCACAAAUCCACCUCUUCCCCAAGCACAAAGAUAAAGCGACGAGAGACAUCUGGGCAGUAUCUGUCGACAAUGAAAAGCGAUCAUGGACGAAUCAGCGCAACUUACAAAUGCCAUGCAAUCCCGAUCUCAUCUUGGACAAGUUUGUCGCCAAUCUGAAGCUCUACCGCGGACUCUUCGUUCUUUACAAGGAGUCUGCUGACGCACCUUACGCCACCAAUCUACGUUUUUACUUGCCGGAGGGUGCCUCUCGUAUUGCAUCAUUUGACAACGACACCGGACACACUGACCUCCUGAAAAGCGGCAAAGUUCUGCAUUGGAGAUGCUCACGGGAUUGUUACCUGGGCAAGAAGAUGCGAAUAGCACAGACGAAGGACGCUUUGUCGGUGUGGCCUUUGAGCAAAGACGCUCUGCUCUCAUAUCAAGAGUUUUCGAUAUCAGAUGCUGCGGCUCCUCGUACGAGGACGACUGCCAUUCCACUAAUGAACCGAAGUAGCGCUAGUGACAGAUUUACAGCACUACAACACCCGAAGUUGGGUCAGAAGCUGUUUGUCAUUGACAACGCUGGCGCUAUGAAGGUACUUGAGCAGCAGCCACAGACCGCUAUGUGGCAGGCGCCAAUCGAUGUGAUGAUCCCUGAUUCGAAGGUGAUCGAGUUUAAGUCACAAACCGUACAGAUCCAGGUGACAGACGAUAUCUCGGAAGCACUGCUCCCCAAGAAGGCUCUCAAGCUGUACCGCUCGACGGCCGCCGAACUUUUCAUCAACGGCAAAUCUGCUCGCGGCUCACCAAGUGGCCUGGAUGUGGUUACAGACGAGUCUGGCAUGCUGACAGACAAGAUCUGGACAUUUGUUCUUGAGAACUUCCCUCAGGUCGCAGCGGCGAUUGAAAGUGUGCUGGAAGCGAGCAGCCAUGGUUGGGAGUGGGUGAAGAAGAAGUUCGAACUCUUCUUCAGCUGGGGUGACAUUCUUGAUACCAAGAAUAUUUUCGUGAACUGGAUGACCCGGGGUCUGCUUUGGGGUGUGGACGCCGUUGCUUUGCUUGAGAUCAAGAACAUCCAGCAACUGUUCAAGUCGAAGAACGUGACUGUGGAAGACAUCUUCCAGAAACUCGGCGUUGACCUGCUGGAUGAUGUGAUCGGCGUCAUUCAGAAAGUGGUCAAGGGCAUUUUGGGCACCAUUGGGGACCUCAUCCUCUUGUUUGCAGAUGGCCUGAACACGGCGAUCAACAUACCCAUCCUCACACCGCUUGACAAGAAAAUGACGGACGGCGCUGACUUGGCCAUCCUGGACGUUCUCUGCCUGUGCCUUGCCAUACCACCGACUCUUACCUACAAGCUCAUCACGGGCAACCGACCAAAGGGCAUUCCCUACGUUGGCGACUUGGUCAAACUCAACGCCAUGAAACCGGAACUCGAUGAGCGCAUGGGUCGAGUCAAGAAGGAAGCGCCCGAUGCUACGCCUGGAGAGAAAGCAACGAAGCAAAUUUCAGCUGACACAUUGGCAAACAUUAAGAGAACCCAAGACCGCUUCAUCGCCAACGGCAUAACCGUAAGCUUUCUCCUCAAAAUCGGCAUCCCAGCCGGCGCCCAGCUUUGGUACACCUUCUCCACCUGGCCCAAGCAAAUGAUUCCCACCACACCCUACAGCUUCAAAGCCGCAAUUCUCAGUACAGCAUGCGGGCUGAUUCCCUGGCUCCUCUCCGCCAUCUCGCUCUUCAAGCUCACGCCGGACCAGCUCAAAGACAGAAAGGUCGACGUUGCAAAGCAAUUCGACGAUCUCUGGUUUAGGCAUAGGUUUCGGAUCUGGGUGCUGGGAGCUCUGGCUGUGGGGGCGGAGAUGGCGGGCAGAGAAGCUGGGUAUUGUUUCCUGUUGACGAGUAGUGUGGGGCAGGUUGGAUUGUUGCUGUGGAUGCAGAUUGAGGCGUUUACGGGGCGCAGGGGUAUGAUGUGUAUAUAG